AUUUCAGGUCACUUUGCCGCUCAGCAAAAUGGCAGUUGCUUACAUACUGCUGGUGUUAUUCUUAGCAGUUUUUGUUGCCGGAUUUAUAUUACUGGUCUUGGGGGCAAUUAAUUUUGAUUUAUCCAACUCGGACAUUCCUUCUGGAGUGGAUCGGCCUGUAAAGCUCCGAAUCAUUCACGUAUUUAUAAUAUGCACAGCUGUGGUGGGAAAGAUUUUGGAAAAAAUUGGCAUCUGCAGUCAGUUUAGCUUCAUACGGUACAUACAAGAUCGAAUGCCUGUAGGAGUGGACCCAAAGCUCCUCAUCAAGAACCUGAGGUUUGAUACGGUGCCUAUAAGGAUCUAUCAGCCCAAGGUUCCAUCUGCCAGCCAAAGGAGAGGAGUUAUGUUUUUCCAUGGAGGAGGAUGGGUACUCGGAAGUCUUGAGGUCUAUGAAAACAUAUGCCGCUUUAUCGCCAGAGAAAGUGAAUCAGUGGUUGUAUCUGUUGGGUAUCGUUUAGCCCCUGAACACAAAUACCCUGCUGCGUAUGAAGACUGUCUCAAUGCCACCAUACACUUCAUGAAGAAUAGUGAGCACUACGGUGUGGAACCUGCUAAUGUCGUUGUCUGCGGGGACAGUGCUGGGGGCAAUCUGGCAGCUGCUGUUUGCCAGACCCUCGCAGGUAGAUCAGACCUCCCCAAACUACGCGCUCAGAUCUUGAUCUACCCAGGUCUUCAGGCACUGGACUUCAAUUUACCAUCUUACCAGCAGAAUCGAGGAGUCCCUCUCUUAUACCGAGAACAUGCCGUUUUCUAUGUGCUACAGUACCUAAAUGGGAAUUUAUUGCACAUGCAAGAGGUCCUGGAUGGCUCUCAUAUUCCUAUAGAUAUUAAAUUAAAAUAUAGGAAGUGGGUGAGUCCAGAUAACAUCCCUGAAAAAUUUAAGAUCAGAGGCUAUAAACCACACGUGCUACUAGACUGCACACCUGAAGUUUUUGAGAAAGUUAAAAGAUUCUGUGAGCCCACCCUGUGUCCACUGUUGGCCGAAGAUGCUGUUAUUCGGCAGCUGCCCGAGUCUUUCAUCCUGACCUGUGAGUACGACGUGCUGCGGGACGACGGCUUGCUUUACAAGAAGAGACUGGAGGACAACGGUGUUCCAGUGACCUGGUGCCACCUCGAGGACGGAUUCCAUGGCAUUAUAUGCUUACUUGAUAAAUAUGUUUUGUCAUUUCCAGCUGCAAAAAGGGGUGCUUACAAUAUUGUCAGCUUUCUAAAAAGCUUAUAGAAACUAUUUCCUUUCUUUCUACUGCCAAUUUUCUGUGGUCUUUUAUGCUUAUAACCCCCAUGUGAGAGGUUUUAGUAGGACAAUCUGUUAAUGAUCAAUUAUGUCAAUGUGAUCACAGCAAAAUAUAUUUUAAGAAUGCUAUGCAAGUUUCUUUUAGUGCUGUUUGAAGUUUUCUAUGUGUAGUCUGCCUAUUUUAAUGAUCUCUUUGGAGCAGACACUCGCUAUUCUCUCAGUAAAUAUUAAAGAUGCAGUAAAACUAAAACAACAUCUGGUCCGCCCCAUUUUGUUUAAUUAUGAUCUAUGGUUUCAUUCUUCCUAGAAGAUGGUGUUUUGGUAAAGGAGAAGUUGCUGAUAUUACAAUGUUAUUCACUGCCUGUGUCUAAGAUUCCCAGUCACUGACUUGCACAAGAUUUCUAUGGGCUGGGUAACUGGUAUUUUAGACCUGAAAAAAUGAAGUCAAAGCUGCAACU